UAUAUUUUUGAUAUUUAUUUUAUAUAUUUAAAUGCCAUUUAACAAAGAAAAAUCACCCAAAGAAAGUGAGUUCGUGUGUCACCUCUGACACGCGUGUCAUAGGUUCGCCAUCACUAGCUUAGAGUCCAACUCUACCACUUGCUAGUUGUGUAACCUUAAGUGCAUCUUUUUUAUAGAAACUCAGUUCCCUCCCUGUGUAUAGACUGGAGAUAUAGUGGAGUCAUACCUCACAGGAUCAUGGUAUUCUACAGGCAGCAUGGAAAGUGAUAAUCAUAUUUAGCCAAAGCCACAGUCAGCUCUCCGGCAAGGAGCCAUUAGAAACCAGCACGCUCUCUCUAAGCUGCCUGGCACAGCUGGGUUUUCCUGAACACGAGGUGGAUGAGUUGGCCUGUGCCUAGGGACCAUGCUGAAGCAAGACACUGCUCACACUCAGUGGAAGAGGGGCCCGAGGGAACUGAGACCAACCUGGGACCAGCAGAGUCCCGGGUGUCAUCACCACAUGCUCUCUCUGGAACAGACACAUAGUGGGUGGAUCUGGUGCACUGUUUAAAUCAUGUCUGUCCUGCCUUGUUUGUAUGGAGUUUCAUAUGUGUACGUUAUAGAUCAGGGUCAGGCAGCUCAGCACUAAUGGCACUUCACUGGCUUGCCCGGAAGAUUCGGUGAAGAUGAUGGAUGUCGAGCACUCAGCCGUGCCUGGCACCAUGGGCACACUCUGAGGUUGCUGAUUCGAGAGAGGACCUAGGGGUUCCUGGUUGUCCCAGGGCUGAGGGGUGCCCUUGUCCAUGUCUUUCCUGUCAUCUCUGUGUGAAGUCACUCGGCUGUUGGCUGGCUGUGUUGACCUCCCUCUGGAUAGGCUGCUAUUUGUAUGUCAGAGAGCAGCAGAAAAUCUGCAGGUUUGUAUUUAAAAACAACCUUUGGGACUUGCAAGUCUUCCCAGAAGAAAAUACCUGUUACCUGAGACUCUGGGCUUUGGGCCUGGGGGGCAGCUAACUGCCUGUUUGUUGUAGUGUUCCUUCUGUGCAGGAGCACACACUUUGCUCAGUGAUUGUCUCUUAGUAGACUAACUUUGGUGAGGGUAGAGAUUGUUGAUCCUAGUUCCUGUCGGUUCUUUAGCUCCCAGUACAGUGCAGGGGACAUAGUGGGAUUCUGUAGAUGACUGGUGAAUCAGUCCUCGUUUGAGAGAGAGACACAAAUGUGUUUGGACUAGUGCAUGAUUAAAGCUAUGGUUUAAAAAAAAAUUAUGAAAGGUUAAUUCUUUAGCGUGCUAUAAAUUAUGGAUCUUCCAUAGCCCCUUAGGUUUUUAAUGUACCAGCUUAACUGUUUUAAUAAAAGUCAACAAAAGUCCAGUGGCCCUGCUGGGUUGGGCCAUUGGAAGACACUGGGUUGGGCACUGUGGAUACAGAUGAGUAAGAUUCAGCACUGGCCCUAGUAAUGCAACGGAAUGGGGAGCUGUCAGAUCCACGAGCAGUAACUACAAUAACGCAGGUUAACAGAGAUUAGAGGUUUGUGCCAAUUGCUUGGGGGGCACAGAGUGGGGAGGCGAUUCUUGGAGAGCAGUGGUGGGGGCAGGGCAUGAUAGCAUGUCAAGGAAGUCUUAACAGGGAAGGUGACAGUGAGCUGAUAGCUGAAGGACGAGCAGGAAGUUGUGCUCCUAGCCUCUCCCUAACUGUGGCGGUCUGUAGGGCACACCUUGCCUAUUUCUAGACAGUCCAGUCAGAUGACCUAAAAUCAAAAUGCCACCCCUCCCUCCAGUCUCAAUUCAGCCAUGUCGUUCCCACGUGGAAGCAACUGGUAGCCUCCUCUGAGUGGCAUUUUUUAUGUCAUCUAGAUUUGUUGGGAACGACACAAAGGGCUCAUUUUCCCAGAUAACCCAGCCUGAGUGUGGUCAGAGUCUUCAUUGUGUAAAAGCAGCAGCUUCAGACGUUCACUCAGAAAGCAUUUGCUGAGAGCCUCCUGUGUUUAGUGCAUCCUGCUUAUUGUGGGUGUGGGAGAGUUAAGGGUGUGACAAAAAAGAGAACUAAGCUAUAUUCCCUGCCACCGGUGUGGCUGUAAUCUCUCUGGGGACACACAUGUACACUCGCCCCUCUGAUACAACCUAGACAGUGGCAAGGGUCACAGUGAUGGAAUAAAGAGAAGAGAAUUCCUUCUGGCAUGAGGAAGGCCAUUCCUUCUUUAUCUAGUUUGCGCAGGAAGGGCUUAACAUAAUCCUUGCUUCAUGGCACAUCCCCAUCAUUAGUUGACCAUUAUUUCACUGUGUAUGGAGUGCUUCCUGUGUGUGCUGAGCUGUGAUUGGUCCCUCUGGAAGCCUGUGAUCUAGUGGGUAGAUAAUUAGAAGGUCUGAUCUGGGUAACGAUACAGGAAACAUGAGGUGGCGCAGAAGCUUGCGGCUGAGGACUGAAUCUUGGGAAAGGACAAUUUAAGCUGAGCCCUAAGUAGGUGAGGAAAGGGAAGAGGCUGUUCCCAAAGGAGACGCCAGCACGUGGGAGGGUGCAGAGGGCAGCACGAUGUCGGAGCUGCAAGCUGGAGCCACCAUGACUGGUGGGAGCACGGUGAGGAAAGGAGAGCCUUGGAAAGCAUUUCCUCUCCCAGGAGCCCCGUGAAGGACACACCGUAGAUGCAGGAAGACGUCGGAUGAGGACAGCCCAGCUGAAGUGAGGCGUCCAGGACAGAGCAUGGCUGUAGCCCUGGAGGCCCAGGCCCAGGCGUCUCCCCCAGCAGAGCUUGAAGAACUCCUGGUUGUGAAACUGGAGGAGGACGCGUGGAGAUCAGAGCCCAGGCCUCGGGAGAAGGACCAUGAGCCUGGCCCCGGCCCCGAGGCCUCCCGCCAGCGCUUCAGGCAGUUCCAGUACAGGGACGCGUCGGGACCGCACGAGGCCUUCAGCCAGCUCUGGGCGCUCUGCUGUCGCUGGCUGAGGCCAGAGGUCCGCCUCAAAGAGCAGAUCCUGGAGCUGCUGGUGCUGGAGCAGUUCCUGACUAUCUUACCCAGGGAGGCCCAGGCCUGGGUGCAGGCGCGCCACCCUGAGAGCGGCGAGGAGGCGGUGGCCCUGGUGGAGGAUUGGCACCGAGAGGCCCGGGCUGCAGGGCAGCGGGAACUGGAACUGUGUGGAGAAGAGACCCGGUCCUGGAAGGCAACGCGGGAAUCUCAGAGCUUUCAGCGGCAAUCAGCCCAGCACUGGCCCGAGAGACCGCCCCAGAGGCCGUGGGUGAGGAAUCCGGGCCCGGACCUUCCCAAGCAUCUCGACUCCAAGAUGGCGCCCCAGGCCCUGAAGGAGAGUGCUGUCCUCACUCCCCGAGUCCCUACUCUUCCAAGGACGGGGAGCGUUGGAGAUUGGGCGGUGACAGCUGAGUCCCAGGAAGCCCGGGGCCCUGGCAGACGUGCCGAGAAGGAGUUUCGCAAGGAGCCCCCCGGAGACAACCGUGGGAACAGCGUGUCCCUGGGAGUUCUAGUUUCAAAACCAAAUAUCAUCACCCAGCAAGAGCAAGGACCAGAAUUCUGGGGUCCGAGUCGUAUAAAUUCCGGAAAAAGGCGCACUGCAGAUUACAGCCUGGAUAAUGAGCAAAUAAAACCAGCCCCAGCCCUGGUCUGGAGGGACUCUCAGGCCUGGGAAGAACAGUACCAAUGGGACGCGGAGGACAUGAAGGUGUCGGGCGUGCACUGGGGCUAUGAAGAGACCAAGACCUUCCUGGCAAUUUUGAGUGAGUCUCCUUUCUCUGAAAAGCUCCGGACUUGUCACCAGAACCGACAGGUGUAUCGGGCCAUUGCAGAGCGGCUGAGGGCACGAGGCUUCCUGCGGACACUGGAGCAGUGUCGCUACAGGGUCAAAAACCUCUUACGGAACUACCGGAAAGCCAAGAGCAGCCACCCACCGGGGACCUGUCCCUUCUACGAGGAGCUGGAGGCCCUGGUGAGGGCUCGGACAGCCAUCAGAGCCACAGACGGCCCAGGAGUGGCUGUGGCCCUCCCUAGGCUGGGGGACAGUGAUGCAGAGAUGGAGGAACAAGAGGAUGGGAACUGGGAGCCAGAGGAAACGGCAGAAGACUGUAAUGGUGAUGACCUGGCCACUGGCGAGUCCGUCCAGGGGCCCAGGAUUGCAAGGGGUCCGGCUCUAUUCCAGAGUCGUAUUGCAGGUGUGCACUGGGGCUACGAGGAGACCAAGGCCUUCCUGACCAUUCUCAGUGAGUCCCCAUUCUCUGAAAAGCUUCGCACCUGUCACCAGAACAGUCAGGUGUACCGGGCCAUCGCAGAGCGGCUAUGUGCACAGGGCUUCCUGCGGACACUGGAGCAGUGUCGCUACAGAUUUAAGAACCUCCUUCGAAGCUACCGGAAAGCCAAGAGCAGCCACCCACCAGGGACAUGCCCCUUUUAUGAGGAGCUGGACUCACUGGUGAGGGCGCGGACUGCAGUCAGAGCCAUGGGGAACAUCAGAGAGGUAGCAGGCCUUCCUACGUCUGGGUGGAGCAGCACAGAGGCUGACGACCAGGAGGCCUGGGAUGAGAUGGCAGAUGAAAAUGUCAUCAAACCUCCAACCCCAUGUCCUAAAACCCCACACACUGGUUUUGAGAUGAGUCAUGAGGAUGAAGGCCAGAGUUCAGAGCAGGAUAUUUUUGAGGAUUUGCCUGGAGUGUUAUCAAAAUGUCCUCCAGAAGUUGUUUGCCACCCUCACGAUUGGGAGGAAGGCAGUGAACAUGAAAAUGAAGAUGAAGAGCAGGCAGGAAAUCCACCGCAGGAACGGUGGGAAGAAUGUUCUUCUGAAGAAGACUUAGAAAAACUUAUUGACCAUCAAGGCCUGUACCUUGCAGAGAAACCCUACAAGUGUGACACAUAUGUGAAAAGCUUCAGUCGGACCUCCCACUUCAUCGCUCGCCAGCAGACACACACAGGUGAGAAGCCCUACAAAUGCCUCAAAUGUGGGAAAAGCUUUAGUGACCGCUCCAACCUCAAUACCCACCAGAGAAUUCACACUGGAGAGAAGCCCUACAAAUGCUUCGAAUGUGGGAAAAGCUUUAGUGAUCACUCCAAUCUCGUCACCCACCAGAGAAUUCACACAGGGGGAAAGCCCUAUAAAUGUGGGGCAUGUUGGAAAAGCUUCAACCAGAGCUCCAACCUUCUGAAACAUCAGAGAAUCCACUUGGGAGGAAAUCCUGACUAUUGUAGUGAGACUGGGAAAAACUUUGGCCAAAGGCCCUCCUUUAGUGCUCACUGGUGGAACUUGACAGAGGAGACAACUCCUGAACAACCUCAAAGUGCCAGUAGGAACUUAGAUUCUCCUGGACCGUACAGCACCAACUCAGGGGAGAAACUUUAUCGGUGUUCUGAGUGUGGAAGAACCUUCUCCAAGAGCUCUGCCCUCAUUAGUCACCAAAGAAUCCAUACAGGAGAGAAACCAUAUGAAUGUGCUGAAUGUGGGAAAAGCUUCAGUAAGAGCUCCACCUUGGCUAACCACCAGAGAACCCACACUGGGGAGAAGCCAUAUAAGUGCAUGGACUGUGGGAAGUGCUUCAGUGAACGCUCCAAGCUCAUCACACAUCAGAGAGUGCACACAGGAGAGAAGCCCUACAAAUGCCUCGAGUGUGGAAAAUUCUUCCGUGACCGUUCUAAUCUCAUUACUCACCAGAGGAUUCACACGGGAGAGAAGCCUUAUAAGUGCAGAGAGUGUGGGAAAUGCUUUAACCAGAGCUCCAGUCUUAUUAUUCACCAGAGAAUCCACACUGGGGAAAAACCCUACAAGUGCUUGGAGUGUGGCAAAGACUUCAACAAUAGCUCCCACUUCAGUGCCCACCGGAGAACCCAUGUAGGAGGGAAAGCGUUGUAGAAGACAACUCCCCCCACAACAAAAGAGAAAUGUGUAUUUAAAUCUCCCAAGAUUAUCAGAUGUUUGGUAGAAAGAAACAUUCCCAGUUUUUAAGCUUGGUGUAUACCCAGGGAAGUUAUCUUGAUAUAAUCCAGGUAAUUUGGCAGCGAAUUACAAAUGCUAAGGAUCCAAAUUUGUGAUUUUUUUCUCCUGUAAAACAUCUCCACUCAGUCCUCAGGCUGUCCUUACAUUUGCUGUCAUUUAAGGGCUUUCUCAGUGUUUGAGCCAAACUGGAAGCAUAGGGGAUUAGAGGCCAAUCGCUGGUCCUGAGCAGGGAUUCCAGACCUCGCUGUGCCUUCACACUCUCCGUGUGUACACAUCCCCCAUCGGCACACGUCAGUCUCCUGCAUGGCAGUCUCUAGUUGGGGCGUAUCCUCAGAGAAUUUUGAGACUCUGGUGAGAGAACAGGCCACCAUGAGCUCAGCAAAAAGGAGGAACGACAGUUACGUAUUACUCAUGUUACUAAGUCAGUGCUAAUAAUAGCAAAAAUAGCCGGUCGGUAUUUAUCAAGCAUUUGCUGUUCGGCAGGCUCUCUGCUAAGCACUUUAUAUACUUGAUCUCAUUUAAUCCUCACAACAGCCCCAGGAAAUAGGUACUAAUAUUCUCCCCAUUUCCCAGAAAAGAAAAGCGAGGCUUGGGAGACUGAAGUAACUAGCUUGGGUCAUAGCUGAAAGUGGCAGAGGCGGGAUCCAGCCCGACCUGUCUGCCCAGAGCCUGAGGUGUUCCUACCAUCAUGGAGAACCCCCCUCAUGUUGGGGCAGUAACUCGGGCCAGGAUCUCAAAGCACUUUGUAGACCACACAUCCUGUUAACAUUUCUCUAUGAAUCUAAAGGUGAAAGGUUUGGGGAUGUUGAUAACUGGCGCUGGGCUCUGAGCAAGGAUGAGUGAUUCCCAAAGCACUAGAUGUGAAUUUCUGUCUUUACAAUGACGGGUGAGAGCGAGAGGUGGGCUGAGAUUGGGAAGCACAUGUAGCCAAAGUGACGUUGAUGAGACGGCUGUGGCCAGGGAAGGGGGUUGAAGCAGCUCCCUUUCCUCCGGGAGUCAGUCCUGCUCCUUGUUCCCCUUGGGUAAAUCGUUAAGCUAAACCUUGCAGAAAGCUGGGCCUCCUCACCUGUUCACUCAUCCCGGUGUUGCUCCCGGGCCCUUUCCCUCGUGGCCGGGCAGAGGCUUUGUUCCUCAUCCAGACUCUGUCCUAGCCCCGCUUCUCCGCCGCUCCGCUCUCUCCGUUCCGUGUGUGUCUUUACCUCGGUGUGCGUGCUGAUGACUCCCAGAUCUGUCUCGUGCCCUGGGCUCCCCUCUUAGGAGCCCAGUCGCCUGCUGACCAGCCCUACUUGGGCGACUCCUGGGCUCCUCCAGCUGCCAUGUCCACCUGUUGCCAACUCCGGCCGCCCGUUCAGCACGUGCAUGUACACACACUCGGACUCACAGACAUUCCCUCACGCUGCCUCAGGGAGCCUUACACUCACAUCCCAGACCCUGUCCCGCACCCACACUUAUCCCUUCUAAGGGCAUUUUCCAAUUGGGCUGUGGUUAUCCGGCUGCCGGGGCGGAGUCGGUAUCUAUAGUCAGAGACAGUCCCCUUACCUUAGUUUUGAUCCCACUCUUCCUUUCCACAUCCCUUAUCAUCCCCCCCUCCCCAACACACCCAGUAGCAAAUGCCAAUCUUACUUUAAGCCCCUGCCACAGUCCACUUCGGGGGUUCGUGCUGCAUUUAGUGGUAGGUCAGGGAAGGCUGUGCAGGAGAGGGGAGGUUCAAGCUGGGUCUUGGAGCUCCCACUUCAGCCUUUGACAGCUCCCAGCUGGUUUUACACCCGCAACAUCAGUAUCAGCACUCACACACCACCAUUCCCCCCUUGCUCUGAUUUUAGGCAAGUUGGGAAUUCCCUCCAAGUGCACAUUCUCGAGGGGGGGGGAGUGGUAAAGGUGCAUUCCUCCUCACCUCGCCAUUCCUUCCACCACCCGCGCUGCAGCGGAGCCACAGCCUCUCAUCUCCUUUGGUGCACCUUUCACCUGGCUCAUGCCAGGAACCCUAGAAGCGGCCUGCGCCCAGGACCCCCAUCCUGUGCUGCGAGCAGGAAGAGGCAGCAAGCUCCAGCGGCCCCUCCUCUCAGGUGCGGUCCGUUCUCCCAUUUCUCAGGGCUGAGCUGCUUCCUUCUAAGAGCCACCUGGUUAAGUCAAGAGCAGAAGAUUUUGCCUAAACUUGUACAAGUAGAAUAGGCGUCCACACAGGCAUAGCCUUUCUUAUCAGGGCACUGUUAGCGAUGCCUUUUGCAUGUGAAAAUGAUUCUGAUCAUGUCUGCCGCUGCAUAACACUCCUAAAGUCACGUUGUUUUCGACAUUUUCGUUAGGGGACAAUACCCUGUAAUUGUGCUGCGUAGAGGGUGAGGGCCCCGGGAAGGGAGAGUCAGAAACAAGUCCAUCUCGGAGGCUGGUUGGGUUCAUCUGAGUCCCAGGAGGAGAGGAGCCUCGGGCAAGGGCUGACGGCCGUUGUCACAGAACUCUCCUGAGAGUCCCUGGGCUCAGGGAGCCCUACUCGGUGCCGGGUGACAUGUGACACGGGGAAAGGCCUCUUCUCCCUCCUUCCACGUAGGACAUGAUGGCUAAGCUCCAGUGAUUUGGGGAAUUCAUAGACCAGAGUCACUUCUGCGUAUUUAGAGGCAGCGGAGACCAGCAGGAGGAGGGGCACGGUGGUGCCUGGAGGUGGAGGUGAGCAGCUUUGAAGCCCUCCCUGCGGGUUCCACCUGGUGGGGGUCAGGGCAGGAGAAGGCCUUACAGACCGAACCUGAGGAAAGGGCUGGUCAUGACCACACAGGACGUCCCCGACCCAACUCUACUGAGGUUCCCGAAAAUUGAUGGCGGAGGUAAGGCCAGCCGGCUGACAGUCACACUACAUCCGCCUGGCAGGUCCUGGAGGGAAGACAACACAGGGAAGCUGGACAUUUGUGAUGGACGCUAGCUUCUGACUAUGGAAUGAAAAUGGGUUCAGGUUUGGCCACCAAGGGCUCAGAGGUUCAAGGUCUGAUUCUAAACACACAUCAGCUCUCUUGGGCUGCAAUUUGUGCAUCAGUUCCUGGCUUCGGUUUAUGUGGCUUUGUUUUCACUUCCUUAUCCCUUGUUUUCCUACGAUAUUAAGUACAUUUCUUAAAUCUUGUAAAAACCCAUUUUGGGAUAAAAUGACCUGAUAAUUAAAUUACACUGAUUAAACUGCACAUGCGUACACACACACACACACACACACACACACACACACAGGUGGGGGGAUGUUUGGAUUCUCUGGCAUCUCCCUGGUUACACCAAAAGCCGGGAGGUAAAGAGGAGGGCAAACCAGUGAGGCCCAGGCUGUCAGGGAGGAGGGGCUCCAGGCCUCAGUCCCCUUGUGCUGAAUCGCCUCUGCCUUCCCCUGUUCUCUCUGAUUCUUCAGAUGUGGCUGAAGGCACAUGGCCCAGGAGCCAUUGCUUUUUUUCCUGUGACAGGGCUCUUUGACCUGCUGGACUUCUCCAUGCGCCUACGCUGAUACAUCUGUGCUGGGAGAUCUGAGUCACCUGGGAUGCACAUAGCACAGGGCCAAUUAUGGAUAAAGGGGAGGAAGGUGUUCCCAACAGGCCAACUCCUCCUUGGCUCUGCUCAUUUGCCUCCCAGUUCAGGAACAGAGGCCAUACACUUUGUACUUGAGAAAGUGGGGAGGGGGGGGGGACAUUCUUCCCUCCUUGCUCCACCCAUUCCCUUCAGGUAAUACUCAGAAGCUUUGUAGCUCAAGGCUGAAGUUUUCUAAUAAUUGUUUACUCUUUAUCCUUGUUGAAUGGCGUAUGGGUAACACUUUGCCUUUUAGCUUCUAUUAUCCUUGAUUCUGAUUAUGAAUUAGGGGAGGGGAGAUGGAGAGAGAGAGAUCAGAAUUUGACAUGAUUUUGAUCAGAAUCCACUGGAAACUUUCUUCCUAUAGGAGUCAGAAUCUCCAGGGCAGGUUCUACUACAGCAGUGGUUAGAAUGCACUCAUGUUCUGCACAUCGUGGGGCAAAGAUGACAUCGGGGAGGCAGUAAGUUAUGGUCUUCCUGAAGGAGAACAGGGGCUUUGUUUACACGUUUUCCUGUAACUUGUUUGUAGCAAUUGCUUCACCACUGAGCAGAUCCCCAGGGCCUGCGUCCUGGAGACAGGACAGAGGCCAUGGACUCCCCCUCAUCAUGUGCUUUCUGUUAGCCAUGGUUUGACCACAUGUACAGCAGGGCCCAGAGGUCACUUACAAAAUCAUGUUCAUCGUCUCAAGUGUCAAAGCUGACCAGCCAACCCAGGCAGGAACAAGAAUUCUUAUCACUCUUGAUAGCCAUCGAGCUGGCUGUGACCAGUCCAACUGAGAAUGUGAUACGGGAGAAAAACCCAGCCUGAGGGACAUGCCCGGGGGCCUGGGCUGGCUAUCUGUUGGCCCCCAUGUCAAUAGACCCCUGAGUGCUCUUGCCGCCAGAGUUGGGGAGGGGGGAGGAAUAUGAUGGGCAGGGGCACCUAGUCCCCAGGUAGGCAGUAGGAGUCACCAGGCGAGCUCUGGACAUCCUUGGGAUCUUGGGAUUGAGGUCUGAAGACAAGGUGUGAGACCUGAUAGAUACAGGGCUCAGAAAGCUUGAGGAAGGAGCCAGAUUCCAGCUCUGGGAGUUGGCCUGCACUCUUAACUGUGAGAACAUUUGAAAGCUCCUUUGAUGCUAAUCUCACUUCCUGAACAUGUACCUGCAUUCACUGAAGACUUCUUCCCUUGGUGCUUCUUCCUUUGCACCCCAAUGCUUGUCAGCACCCUGGGUGACUCAGCCAUCUACAAGAGGGCCAUAUGGUCUUUGACCUCAUGGGUGCCUGUGCCACUCCAUCUCAGCCACAUUUGUCCUCAAACCCUUCCCCCCUUCAUCUAAUCAAUUGAACGAAUCCAGACACUAAUCUCUUCUGAGCACCAGAUUUGCAUAACUGUUUGGGGUCUCCUCUGGGACUCAGCAGGUCCAUAUUGAUGUUCCCCCUGAGCUGGUUACCCAGCCCUCCUCCCCUUCUUUUUCCUCCCAGUCAAGAGUAUCAUCAUCCGUCCAGUUGCUCAGGCUUUGAGAGUCACCCUUGAAUCUCUUCUGUCCUUUGUCUCUCUGUCCAACCACCUAGGCAUGUGAAAGAAAUCUCUAAAAGACAUCUUGAAUCUACCCAUCUCUAUCCAUUCCAUUGGUGGGGAUGUAAAAUGGCAUGGCCGUUCCGUUGCUCCCGUCUUCGUCCUGGCUAGCAUCACCCACACCUGGUUGACUAGUUAGCAGCUGCCGCCUAACUAUUCUAGUUUUACAGUGUCCUUCUCAGUCUUGUUCAACAGCGUUGGGCCUGAAUUUGGCCUUGAUGCCAACAUGGUGAUCCCUGGUUUCUUGUUUGCAUGUACCGUCUGUUCCUUUGCCCAUUCCUCUAUUGUUGAUGAUGCUUCCUUUGUGAAAACUAACAAGAACAACACAACUGUAGCUAUGAAGUUUCUUUACUUUAGCUCCAAGCCAUCCAUGUGAUAAUGGUCUGUCCAGUUGGCUGUAGGAGUUCCAGCAUUGCCCAUAUCUGGCCCCAGAGUGUGGGUGUGAGAGCUUCCCCCUUCCUCCCCCUCCCCUGCUGAUAGCCAAUAUUCUGAACCAUGCCGAAGGUAGGCGUGUUCCCUUGUUUUCAGCUGUUUUGAAUCACUGUGUUUCAGGAAUACCUCCUGUCACAGCACUGAGUUGAGUUUUACUUUGUGAUCUAACCUGAAAACCUUUUUCUGUACUAGAUGAAUUACACCUAAUUAUAUUAAAUGAUAUAAUGGCUGUGUUUGUUUUCCGACCUGUCAUAUUAGCUUUUUACUUUUUGUCUCUAUGAGUUUGACUACUCUAAGUACCCCAUAUAAGUGGGAUCAUACAGUUUUUGUCUUGUUGUGAAUGGUUCAUUUCACUUACUGUUCUCAGAGCUCAUCCCUGUUGCAGCCUGGGUCAGAUUUUUCUUCCUCUUUAAGGCUGACUAAUAUUCCAUUUAUGUCUGUCACGUGCUCUUUGUCCAUCCAUCAGCUAACAUUUGGGCUGCUUCACCUCUGACUAUUGAGAACAACGUUGCUAGGAACACAGCAAACUGUGCAUGUACUGCUGCUCCUUUGCCCAGUCCUCUAUUGUCGAUGAUUCUUCCUCUGUGAACACGAACAAUAACCACUGUGGCUACAGUUUCUUUACAAAUAUCUCUUUGUGAUCCUGCUUUCAAUUCUUUUGGGGAUAUCCUCAGAAGAGGAAUUGUUGGAUCAUAUGUACAGUUAUUUUAAUUUUUUGAGGACCCUUGAUACUAUUUUCCAAAGUGGCCAGGCCAUUUUACAUUCCCAUCAAUAGUACAGGUUUCCAAUUUCUCUACAUUCUCAGCAACACUAAUUUUAUUUAUUUACUUUUUGAUAAUAUCUAUUUUAAUGGGUGUCAGGUGUUAUCUCACUGUGAUUUUUGACUUACAUUUCCUAAUGAUUAAUGAUGUUGAACAUCUUUUCAUGUGCUUAUUGGCCAUUUGUAUAUUUUUUUUGAAGAAGUGUCUCUUCAAGUCCUUUGCCUACUUAUAAAAUAGGGUGUUUUUUUUUGUUGUUGUUGAGUUGUAGAAGUUCUUAAAGUACUGGGUAUUAAUCCCUUGUCAGAUAUGAUUUGCAAAAUAUUUCCUCCCAUUCCAUAGGUUGCCUUUUCAUUCUGUUGAUUGAACAGUUUUACAUUUUAAGGACGUCCAAUUUAUCUAUGUUUUUUUUUUUUUUUUGCUUGUACUUUUGGAGUCAUAUCUGAGAAAUCCAAUGUCUUGAAGCUUCCCCCCGAUGUUCUCUUUUAUAGUUUUAGGUUUUAUGUUUAGGCAUUGGAUCUGUUUUGAGUUAAUUCUUGUGUAUGGUGUAUCCACUAUCAUUUUUGCUAAGAGUUCCUAACACAUCAUGGAAGUAACACAAAACAGUUUAAGAAAGAGAUUUCUACGUUUCCACAGUUGGCUUUUAGUACCAAAUAUGUCUUUCUUCUCCUUCCCCAACAAACACUUGUCCCUACCCAUAAAAAAGACAUAAACAUGUAAGAAAACAAAUGCAAAAAUUUAUAUUUUAUUUGAAUUCAAAAAAUUUAAAAUUGCUUUCAAAUUCAGGAAAGUACCAUAAUGCAGGACCCCAGGGGGAAGCCUCAUAUACAGAGACAGAUAAAUUAAAUGUAUAUACUGCAGACAAGCCAAGGUGUGUAGAUUACAUAUUUACAGCACUUGAUGUUUUCUGAAAACCAUAUU